AUGACAUCAAACACUGAAGGCGAGUACAAGGUCACUCAGAAGAAGGGUAAUCCAUGGUAUUACUACCUAUGGGAUUCAUUUGGUAAAGAGCCGAACGAGAGACGACUGUUGGUAAGACUCGAUCUGUCUUUACUCGUCUUUUCGACUCUUGGCUUGAUCAUGAGAUAUAUAGAUCAAACUAAUUUAUCCACAGCUUUUGUUAGUGGGAUGAAGUAA